CGGCGCGGUGGUGGUUCCCCGCUGUAGCUGGCCGGUAGACCCCUCCCAUCACUCCUCCUCUACCGCCACCCCCCCCAUCCCCCGCGCCCCUCUCUCCCACCCCAGGAAGUGCUUCAACUGGCUUUCUCCUCUGUGUCGCGCUACCAGCCUGCGGGCCUGCCCCGGAGGUGGGAGCGAAGCCCCAGGCAAGCUACUUCUCUUCAGAUCCUUUGAUGCUCCCCUCACCCCCCUCGCCCCGCCACCUCCAGCACACACAGCAGUACCCAAGACUCACUCAACCCUGCCCAGCCUCUAUCCUCAUUUAGAGCUGAGGCUAGGAGUCGGGUGUUGUGUUCUCUGGUUCACUUGCGACUUUCCGGGAGAUCUCUUCUCGUUUUUGUUGCGUUUUCUGCCCCUCCCACCACAUUCUCCGAGCCGAGAUGAAAAUGAAAAAGACGCUGCAAAACAGAUCACCUAAUAGUUCCUGGAAAUGUUGCAUUAUGUAACCACAGAAUUUGCUGGCAGAGGACACAAUCACUUAGAAGACUUCUAUAUUUAGCAAGAAGAGCGUAUGUGUUCUUAUCUUUUGCAAUAUGAAAUAAAAAGAGGAAUGCUGAUGGAUAUAAAAUCACAAUUUUUGAACAAUUGUGGUUUGAGAAAUACUGGAGAUAUAAUUUGCCCUGCAACACAAGGGAAAAAAAAAAGAUUUAGCUAAAGUUAUUUCUGAUGCAGCUAAGAAAAAUGCAGACCAUUAAAAAGGAGCAGGCACUUGUUGAUACAAGUAGAAAUGUGGACAAAAUGAUAGUGCUUAACUCUGCUCUAGCUGAAGUGUCCGAAGACUUGAAUACAAAUGAAGAUCUAUUACUUAAUGAAGGAGUUGGUGGAAAAAACAAAUCUUCAGCUUGCCGGAGAAAACGGGAAUUCAUUCCAGAUGAAAAAAAAGAUGCUAUGUAUUGGGAAAAAAGACGAAAGAAUAAUGAAGCUGCCAAAAGGUCUCGUGAGAAACGUCGGCUCAAUGACCUGGUUUUGGAAAACAAACUAAUUGCAUUGGGAGAAGAGAAUGCUUCUUUAAAAGCAGAACUGCUGUCACUAAAAUUAAAAUUUGGUUUAAUUAGUUCUACAGUAUAUGCUCAGGAGAUACAGAAACUCAGUAAUUCCACAGCUGUGUAUUUCCAAGACUAUCAAACAACCAGAUCAAACAUUAGCUCAUUUGUGGAUGAACAUGAAACUUCUAUAGUUGGAAGUAGUUGCAUUUCUGUCAUUAAACACUCUCCUCAAAGCUCUUUGUCUGAUGUCUCAGAGGUGUCAUCAAUAGAACAGUCUCAGGAGAGUCCUAUUCAGAACAAUUGCAGGAGUCCUCAGAAUAAGUUCCAAGAUGUAAAACAGGAACCUAUGGAAUUAGAGUCACGAGAUGAUAGAGGUUCUUAUACAACAUCCAUUUAUCAAAACUACAUAGGAAACACCUUCACUGGUUAUUCUCACUCACCUCCUCUCUUGCAAGUCAAUCGAUCCUCAAGUAAUUCACCAAGAACAUCAGAAACUGAUGAUGGUGUGGUAGGCAAGUCAUCUGAUGGAGAAGAUGAGCAACAAGUUCCCAAAGGCCCAAUCCAUUCCCCGGUUGAACUUAAAAGCAUACAUGCAACAGUUGUUAAAGUUCCAGAAGUGAAUGCUGCACUACCACAUAAGCUUCGGAUUAAAGCCAAAGCAAUGCAAAUAAAAGUGGAAACGUUAGAUCAUGAAUUUGAUGCCACACAGAAACUCUCCUCACCUAUUGAUAUGUCAUCAAAGAAACAUUUUGAACUUGAAAAGCAUGAUACACAAAAUUUGGUACAUUCUUCCCUUACUCCUUUCUCCGUGCAAGUGACUAACAUCCAAGAUUGGUCACUAAAACCAGAACAUUGGCAUCCAAAAGAACUCAAUGGCAAAAUUCAGAAUAGUUGCAAAACUGGAGUUAUUGAAAUUAAAGACAGUGUCUACAAUGUCUCUGACUCAGAGAACUUGUAUUUAAAACAAGGAAUAGCAAACUUAUCAGCAGAAGUUGCUUCACUUAAAAGACUUAUAACUACACAACAAAUUUCUGCUUCAGACUCUGCAUAAGUUACUACUGAAUUUUUGUUUUAAAGAUGUCAUUUGCAGUGAACAUGUUUUGUGUUAUGCUGAGUUUUCACUGGACUUGUGAGGUCAUUUCACUGUAAUGUUCACAUGUUGUCUGAUAGGUGUCUUUUAGUGCACAAAUUAUUAUGAAGAUUAGAUUGUGUUAUGAUCACUAUGCCUUGUGUAUAGUCAAGUAGCCUGUGCAAAGGCUAAACAUAGUACAUUAUUUUUUGUUGUUCAGUUAUUAAAUGUGCAAGUUACCACUUACAAUAAAGUAUUGGUGACAAAAAUGAAAUUUUACUCCAGUAAAGCCAAUUCAGUGAAAAAGGCAAUGGUUCUGUUAAAUGAUAGAAUAAUUACACAUUUAAUAUUUUACAUAUUCCUUUGAAUUUUAUCUCUUAACCAAGAUAAAUUUGUACUAUAAGUUUUCCAAGGAAUUUGUUUUGAUUUUCCUUGAAUUUGGCUGAUUAUAACUCUUAAAUAGAAAAAAAAAAUCAAACCCUAGAGAAGAUUCCAUAAAUGCUUCUCAUGAUUAGUUUUUUUUUCUUUUAAAACAAACUUUUUCAUUACACAUCAGUUUGUUUUUGUUUUUGUUUUUGUUUUUUAAAGAAAGGCCCAAGUUGAUUAUCAGCAGCCUUGCCAGAGUCAUCUCUUUUAAGCGUGUACAUAGAUGCAGUUAAUUGAAUCAGUGACUUGGCUUACUAUAUGGCUAUGAGUGAUAAGAAAAUGGAUAAAGAGAAAAUAUUUAUGUAAUUUUCUUUCAUUGUAACCCAUGAAAUUCUGGCAGAUGACUAUCUGGGGAAAUUAGCUCUUUAGUAAUAAAAUAAAACGCCAAAAUAUACCUGUAUUUUUAACUUGCAUACUACUUUUAUAUACUUUACAAAAUUUCAAAGUACACAUUAAUUCCUUUUUUGUUCAUACAAAAGUGUUUGACUUAAUCAACUUACAGCAAAAUGAGUGACAAAAUAUUUCUUUUUUAAAAUACAGAAUAUACAUAGCCGAUAUAUUAUUUCAGAGUCAAUUUAGGAAAUGCUUGUUUCAUGAAAUGUACAGCAUUGGCCAUGGCACCAGUCAAGGGAAAGUUAAUGAGAAGUUCACUAUUUCUGAUUAUUUAUUAUCUGAAAUGUAAAGUUCAUUAUGUAUUACAAAUUGUUGGAUUCCAUUUAUAAUAUUUCUAAGAUAUAGAGUUUAAGCACAUUUUGCAUAGUGAUUUAUAAGAAUACUUUGUGGCUUUUAUUUAAUAGCCCUGUCUUCAGUUUUAUAUAAAACUGAAAUAUGUAAGGUACCAAAGAAAGCCUAACCAUUCAAUCAGUCACUAAACAUUUAUUAAGUGCCUACUCUGUGCUAAGCAGUGGGGAUACAAAAAGAGGCAAAAGACAGACUCUACUCUUAAGGAGCCUACAAUCUAACUGUAUUGGAAAAUAGAGCAACAUUAUUCAGGUGAUGUUCUGUUGCAUUAAACUAACCUAAUAUUUUACAGGGAUAGGUGCCAAUAGCCACUUAAUGACUAAUGCAUUAUUACUUUUAGGUUCACAAAGCUCUUAACAGACAUUAUCUUAUUUGAUCCUCAUAACAACUGUGUGAAGUAAGCGAUUAUUUUUAUCCUCAUUUUAUGGAUGAUAAACUGAGGCUGAUAGUGACUUGACCAGGUCAUAUAUCUAGUAAGUAUCUGAAUCAGUAUUUGAACUGGGUCUUCCUGUUGCAGAUCCAGUACUUGAUUCACUGCUUUUCAUUUUAAGAGUCACUUAGGAGUAGUGAACCACAUUUUAUUCUAGAUAAUCACAAAUAGAUCCAGAGUUUCUUCUUUCCUUUGCUUCCAUAAAGAUCUCACUGUUAGUGCCAGCAUAGGUCUGCAUUUUCAGAGUCCAGUCCAAGUUAGUCAGGACUAUUAAAGUCAUAUAAGAAAUAUUUCCUUUGGAAAACAGUAUGGAUUAUAUAUCAAGCUUUAAAGUAAUAUUUGGGGCAGCUAGGUGGCGCAGUGGAUAAAGCCCCAGCCCUGGAGUCAGGAGUACCUGGGUUCAAAUCCAGCCUCAGACACUUAACACUUAUUAGCUGUGUGAC